AUGUCCACCAAACUUGAAGACAACAAAAAAAAACAGGAUUGGCUUGUGAUUGAGGAUAGUGAGGAGGAGGGAACUGGGGAUGACUCUGAACAGGAGGAAGAGGAGAGCAGACUGAAGGAACUUGAACGACGCGGCUCAAAACGGUACAAGGUGGACCAUGCUUCCCCAGCCAGCGAAGAUGAUGACGACGGCGAAAUCGAUGGGGGCGAUAGCGACGCAAGUGGAGAGGAGGAUGGAAAAGAGAUUGACGGAAAACAGGAGGGCACUCGAGAAAAAGGCAAAAAGGAAGGCAAAAACAUUGACAAACACGACGAUCUACUGAUUACAAGCUCAUUGAGGUUAAAGCCGCUAUCAAAGGAAGAGCUAGCAGCCUCCAAAGAAGCGACUUCAAAGACCGGAGUCGUCUAUCUUUCAAGAAUACCUCCUUUCAUGAAACCUAUGAAAGUGAAAUUAUUACUUUCUCGUUUCGGCGAGAUCGGCCGCAUUUUCCUAUCACCGGAAGACCCGAAAUCCUACGCUCGGCGGGUCCGCUUCGGCGGAAAUAAGAAACGGAAUUUUGAAGAAGGUUGGGUUGAGUUCAAGAGCAAGAAGGUCGCCAAGCUGGUCGCUGAAACGUUAAAUACAACUAUUGUCGGUGGGAAGAAGGGGAGCUAUUACCAUGACGAUGUUUGGAACAUCAAGUAUCUUCCAAAGUUCAAGUGGCAUCAUUUACAGGCUCAAAUUGCCUAUGAGAAUGCCUCUCGACAAGCCAAACUACGCGCAGAGAUUGCACAGGCUACUCGUGAAAACAAGACAUAUAUUCGUAACGCUGAGAGAGCUAAAAUGGUUGAAAAGAUGGAAUCUUCUAAGAAGCGCAAACUCAAAGAGCUUUCUGGAGCUAGUGGUGACAACGAUUCUGAACAGCUUGAGCCAUUGCAAAUUAGGCGACAGUUCAGGCAGCACAGCGCCAAGGGAAGGAGGGCAGAAGAAGGCGAAGGCAGAGAGAGUAGUGAAAAGGUCAAGAGGCUUCUCAGUAAGGUAUUCUGAGCCAACCUCUUUGUUUGAGCCGGUGCACGGCUUCAUUGGACUAAUUUAAAGCAAAUUAUUCCUAUUCUGAUGGGACUCUUGAUGUGUGUUCUUCACAUGCUCGUGGCCCCUCUGGCGACUCCAGUAGGUAUACAAACGGGAACAAGCCCGACUCCUUUAUUCAUAAACUGUUGAUAACUGUUUUGAGAGCCAUCCGCUAGAUGCGCAGCCAUCGAAGCCACAGGCUCUAGAGUACCUGACUCUGUAAAUGUAACAGCCGGCCGGAAGCCCUGCAACUUUGCUUCGACACUAUGCCCAUCUCGAGUAUUCGAGUGCUAUGAUGCUCAAUUUAGAAGCUGUAUAGGGGAAAUGUGUAAUCUCCUACUUGGAUUUUUUUCAAUUAGUAGAAGAUAGUCUACUAUUACAGGGUAGACUGCCAACUGGAAUAAUUGAACAAGGGUUC